AAAGAGAGAGAGAGAGCAAGACCAUGAGAGGGAGAGACAGUGAAUGAAAAAGAGAGAGAGAGCAAGAGCAUGGCAGGGAAAGACGGUGAAUGAGAGAGAGAGAGAGAGAGAGAGCAAAGUAGGAAAGAUGAAGAUCAUUGGUUGCAUCGCGGAGCUUUAAAAAAAGGGAAAGGGAGCGACCGAAGCCAAACUGCAUCGCGUCGGAGCAGACUGCAGUCUCUCCCUCGUCCCGCGCAGCUGCAGAGCUAGCGCUCUCCUCUCCUCUCUGCUCCUCUUCUCUCCUCUCCUCUUUUCUCCCUUUCUCUCCUUUCUUCUUUCUCCUCUCCUCUUUCAUACGCAGCUCUGAGCAGUCUUAUCUUCAGAGAGAUCCUGCCUGUGUGUGUGUGUGUGUGUGUGUGUGUGCGCGCUGAGGAGGAGCACAGCACAUCCCCUUCUUCUCCGCGUUCACGCUUUUUUUAAAAUCAGCGCGAUGGAAGGGUAGACGGGGGCCGGGGGAGGGGGCGGACGGCCGGUCCUGUCAGCCAGCACAGUGGAGGGCAUCGUGGGAAGCGGGGAGGCUCCAGACAGAACGGACGCGGGCAGGCAGAGGGAGGGGAGGGCCAUGUCGAGUUUCGGCAAACUUACGGAUUACUUCAUCCGCCGCAAGUCCCAGGAAGACCUGCGAGGAGCCCGGAGAGAGUCCCAGAGGAGCAGCAGCUACUGCUGCACUGUGGCCGAGGCCAGGUCCUUGGAAAAGAAGCUUCAGAGACCCCUCCUGGCCAAGUCUCGCACCCUUCCCAGCAUCCCUCAGUCCCCCAUGGCCAAUAGGAUGAAUCGCUCGGACCUGGUGGAUGGCAGUCAAGCGCACGCCCCUUUUCGAUUCAAACCCCCUCUUGGCACCGGUCUCCCUGCGCUGCCCCCAACAGGUGAGGCUCUCGUUCUGGGAGAGGGGAUGGAGCUCUGUGGAGGGGUGCGGCCCCGUUCCCAGUCUCCCCUGUCCCACUUCCGGAUCCGGGCCACGGACCUGCAGAAGAGCCUCUCCAUGGACGAGCGCCUGGGUCGCCCGGAGCCCCCCGUCCCGCCGGCGGAGGGGCGGACCUUCCGCAGCAGCAAGGGCAAGCUCAAAAGGAAGUUUAGCCUUGGGUCGGCGGACCGGAAAGAAGCCCAGCAGAAGAAGUCUGAGUCGGGCAUCUCCAGGUUCACCCAGCGCCUGGCCCUGAGAGAUCGGCAGGCGAAGCCAGAGAAGACGGCCACAUACAGGAGACGUUCCCUCAGCCUGGACUGGGCCGACUAUCCCAAAAUGACCCAGCCGAUGCGCGAGCCGGCGCUGACCAGGAAGCCCGCCUGCCUCUCCUCGCCCAGCGCCGCGCGGCGGCUCUACCGCAACCUGUCCGGAAAGUUCCGCGCGGGGCAGCUGGGGCUGGAGGAGCGCGUGCUGUCCGGGCGCGGGGACAAGGCCGCCGUGUUCCAGAGCAGUGAGGCCCUAUUUGAGGCGGUGGAGCACCAGGAGCUGGACCUGGUCCACCUCCUGCUCUCCCAGUACAGCCUGGAGGAGCUGGACCUCAACACGCCCAACAGCGAGGGCCUGCUGCCCCUGGACAUCGCCAUCAUGACCAACAACGUGCCCAUGGCCAAGCUUCUGCUGCAGGCCGGGGCCAAGGAGAGCCCUCACUUCGUUAGCCUGGAGGGCCGGGCCACGCACCUGGACACCCUGCUGAGGGAGGCGGAGCAGCGCGUGGCCGAGCUCCAGACGCAGGCGGCGGGCGAGGGGCAGCGGGGGCCCCACGACGCCACGCACCGCGAGCGGCAGCUCAAGGCCUGGGAGUGGCGCCACCGGCUCUUCAAGCGCAUGAAGACCGGGUUCGAGCACGCCAGUCCCCCUGAUGCCCCGAGCAACGUGCGCCUGACCGUCAGCAGCAGCUAUAGCCUGAAGGUCACCUUCCAGGAGCCGCUGAGCGUCAACUCCGCCGUCGUGACCAAGUACAAGGUGGGCUGGAGCUUGGCCCCAUCUCUGAGCCCCCUCCUGGGAGAGCUGGUGCUGGAGGACUCCAGCGCCCAGCAGUGCACCAUCACAGGACUCACACCGGGCCUUCAUUAUUACGUGCAGGUCUCCGCCUACAACAUGAAGGGCUGGGGCCCCGCCCAGCCGACCGUUCCCGCCUGCGCCGCCCCCUCCUGCUGGCGGGACAUCGAGAGGCGCUUGCCGCGGCUGAGGGGCCAGAAGGAGGUGCUGGACCAGCUUCUGGGCCAGAUCAAGGAGGCACACCAGCACUGCGCCUGCCACGAGCCAUGCAAAGCGCAGCCGCACGUCAGAAAGCACUCCGUUUCCAAAAGCCUGCGACACCUCUUCCAGCCCGGCAGCAAGUUCGUGAAAAACCUGAAGCGGGGCCUGUACCUGGCCUCCGUAUUCUACCGAGAGGACAAGAUCUUUGUGACUUCUGAGGACCAGAUUCCGAUCGUGGAGAUCGAGGACUCGUACUCCAGCUCCCUGAUGCAGGACUUCCUGUGGUUCACCAAGGUGUCCUACCUGUGGGAGGAGAUCCCUUGGCUGCUCCAGCUGCUCGGCCCGUCACAGUCCUCCUGCACCUGCAGCCUGCAGACGCACCUCAAAAUGCUGCAGGCAGCGUCCCAGCUCCAGAGCAUGCUGGGAACGCAGGACCUGGGCCGGGUGCACUACGAGCCCAUCAAAGACAAGCACGGGAACGUGCUGCUGGUGACGCUGCUGGACCUCAGCUCCGGGCCCUGCCCCGACGGCAUGCGCUGGACGCCGCUCGGCAAGCUGCAGCACCAGCGCCGGUCCGUCUCCUCCUCCGAGGAGCCCACCGCCCUGGACAUGCUGCUCGCCACGCUUCAGGAGAAGCUGUCGUACCAUCGGUGCAGCAGGAAUAUCCUUCCCCCGGGGCUGUACCUGGGCUACCUGAAGCUCUGCAGCUCCGUGGAUCAGAUACGAGUCCUCGUGCCCCAGAAACUGCCCAACAUGCUCUGCCAUGUCAAAGUCCGUGACAACAGUAAUGUUUCCAGGGAGGAGUGGCAAUGGCUUCAGGCACUUAGCUGUCUGGAGGAGUCCUUAGAGAUGGAUCAGGACAUCCAGAGCGCCGUGCAUCACUUCCUACAGGACCUGCGCAGGGCAUGCUGGGAGCUUGUAGCCCAACUCAACAUCCCCCCCAGCCAGGCUCAGGACUUUCGGAUCUACAGCCAGGAGGUGCUGGAGUUCGGCGACAGGGUCUGCUUCCUGCUCCUGCUGCCCCCUUCGGAAGAUGUGUGCACUGCCCCGGGACAGAAUAGCCCCUUCUCCCCCCGCCCUGGCUUCCUCACCCUCCCUCUGCAGAUCUUCGAGCUGGUUCAUUUCCAGGCCUACCACCAGAGCUUCAUGGCGCAGUACUGCCGCGUGUCCGCCCUGCUGGAGCUCGAGUCGCUGCUAUCCCAGCAGACCUUGCGAGAGGCCUUCUCCGAAUCCGAGGUGGCGACGGCCAAACAGAAACACCAGCAGGUCCAGCAGCACAUGCAGCAAAUGGAGGAAGCGUGGCGGGAGGUCCGCUGGAUCAUGGACGCUCUGCAGCACGCUCGCUACAAACAGCCUGCAGGGGGCGCCUCGCUCAGCUGGAUCAUAGACUUCUCCCAUGAUGUGGCUCCUCUCCCGCGCCCCUCCCUCUCCUCGCUGAUGGACUUCCUCCCCUCCCCCCUCCCCUCGCCCCUCCCCUCCCCCGAGGCCAGCCGCAAACAAAACUACGAUUCGGCCGACGAAGACGUCUUCCUCCCCACCGACAGCGACUACGACUCCAGCCGCACGCAGAGCCCCCGCGAGCUGGACCUGCUCCCCGCCUCGCCCUGCUCCCCGGGGGCGGAGCCUGGCGGCUACCUCCGCGCGGGGGCCGGGGCGGGGGGGCGGGGCGUGCGGUGCCUGAGGAGCCCCGCCCCGGACGUGCUGCGCACCUCGGAGCCGCCCCCUCUCCCCCCGCCGGCCGAGCCGCCGGGCCAGCGGCAGCGGCAGCGGGCCGACGGCGACUUCGUCCUGCCGAGCCGCCAGAUCGAGCUCCUGCGCAUCGCCGAGCGGCGGCAGGCCCGGUGCGUGCGCACGGGCAGCCUGGACCUCCCCCCGUCCCCCCGCCGGUCCGGCCCGCGCCUCCUGCCCCCCCACCACCCGCCCCCCGCCCGCUCGCUCUCCGAGGACAGCGGCUCGCGCCUGGUCUCCGCCGCCGCCGCCCGGGGGGCCUGCUACGCCACGCUCAAGGUCUACCCGCAGUACCGCACGGGCCUGCCCACCGAAACCAGCGUCAAGUUGCGGGUGACCCACCAGACCUCUGCCCGGGAGAUGGUGCGCCUGGUGGUUCAGGAGAUGAACGAGGUGUCCCAGAGGCUGCUGGGAAACCCUGAGUGCUUCGUGUACGGGAAGGAGCAGCUGGAGGCCUUCGGCCUGGUGCUGGUGCGGGACGACAGCGAGGAGUGGCUCCGGGACGACGCCCGGCCCCUGGACCUGCAGAGCCCCGGGGCGCGGGGCCGGCUGUGCGUCCGGGAGCGCCCCCCGCUGGGCCCGCGCUUCGGGCUCGCCACCACCGUCUGA